AUGACUAUCAACAGCCGUUUAUUCCAUAGAGUUGAUGGUAUGAUAGCUCACGAAAAUGGAAAAGAGAAGUUAGAAGAAAAUAAUACACUAGAUCCAGGCUUGGCUAUAAAUCGUCAUCUUGGAUUGCUUAGAGGUGUUCUUCAAAACGAUGAAGAAUAUAAUAAACUUGAGAAUUAUAUUGGCAAAAUUGGUGGAUUUCUCUCUCAACACAAUCGUUAUACACCGCUGUUAUAUACCGUUAGAGAAAUUGUUCAACAGGAGAUUACAGAUAUGGGAUUAACAAGAGAAGAGACUGUUGCUGAAUUUGUCAAUAUUGAACCAACAGCACCAACAAAUUCAGAAGAUCCUACUUCUCUUGCCAGAAGUUAA